AGAGACUCGGAGGCAGGCUGGGGCCCUUGGAAGGUCCUUAAACUUUGAUUGCUUUAGCUUUAAGUUUUCUCGCUGCUUUAGGGAAAGCGGCCCGCAGCCUCAAGGAGAGGAGACAAGCUUCUGGUUCCGGACGCACGGAUAGGCCCGGGGAACCCGCAGUCUGAAACAGGAAACUGCCCGAACCCGGACGAGCUUCUUCCAAGGGAUAGUCAGGAAACGCUUCCCGAGGUGGGAAACAAGGGUCCUGCCUUCCGAGAGCCCCUCUAAAGGAUGACUCAAGACCAGCCUUUGCUCGCGGUGCAGGAGGCCCUGAGGAAGUGCUUUCCCGUGGUGGAGGAGCAGCAGGGCCUGUGGCAGAGCGCUCUCAGGGACUGCCCGCCCCUCCUGGCCUCCCUCAGCAACCUGGCAGAGCAGCUGCAGGCCGCACAGAACCUGCGAUUUGAGGAUGUGCCGUCACUUCGGGCCUUCCCAGACUUACAGGAGCGGUUGAGGCGCAAGCAGCUGGCGGCUGGUGACACUCUCCUGGACAGGCUAGAGGAGAGGCUAGCCGCCCUCCUCAAGGUGCGUGAUGUAGUCAGCAGCCACGUGGAACGCGUGCUUCAGAUCUAUGAGCAGCAUGCAGACAUGAUCAGCCUCGAUGCUGUCCUGCAGGCUUCGGCUGCGAGCCCCUCUGUGGCUGAAAUGUUGGAGUGGUUACAGGAUAUCGAGAGACAUUAUCGAAGUUUGUACCUGAAGAGGAAGUACCUUCUUUCCUCAAUCCAGUGGGGAGACUUGGGAAACAUCCAAGCUUUGCCCAAAGCCUGGGACCGAAUUUCGGAAGAUGAACACCCAGACCUUGUACAAGAUAUCCUGUUGAGUGUUUCCUUCUUCCUGGAAGAGUGAAGAAGCCGUGUGUUUAUCGGGAGACUCGGGGGACGCAGUUGAAGACCGACAUUGCUGCACUCUGAUAUUUCUAAAGAAAUGUCAGCAUUGCAACUGGACUUAAUGGAAAUGUCAGUGCCUAGAGCCUGAGGAUUGUGCUGGAUGUUUCUGAUGUUGGGUCUUCUUCAUGCCAGGUCGUGGGUGAGGGCACAUGGUCACACCUUGCCCUUUCCUAAGGCUCAGGGGAGUGGACGGAGACAGAGAGGAUGCAGGAAAGGCCGUGCAGAAGAACACUGGGGGCAGAAGCCACAGCCGCAGAAGUGGUAAGGAAGGAAAGGACAGGGGUAGAGAGUGCCGCUGCCCCCAGCAUCAUCCAAAGCUCUGAGCCUCGUUGACACCAGGUCCUGGUUUCGUGUAUUUGUGUCAGUACCCAACUCCUUGAUGAAAAAAAGUGGCUUUGAUGAUUUAAAGAAGUAAGGGGUGGGACUUCCCUGGUGGUCCAGUGGUUAAGAAUUCCAAUGCAGGGGACACAGGUUUGAACCCUGGUCGGGGAACUAAGAUCCCACAUGCCGAGGGGCAGCUAAGUCUGCAUGCCACAACUAGAGAGAAGCCCGCGUGCUGCAACGAAAGAUCCCAUGUGCCGCAACUAAGACCUGACACAGCCAAAUAAGUAAAUAAAUAUUAAAAAAAAAUAAAGAAGUAGAGGUGAUGUUGGUGGAAAACAGUUACUGUUUUCGAAUUGCAGUAACUCCUCAUCAUCAAAACAAUUUCAGUUUCCAGAGCCUACCACCAGGGGGAGAUGGUGCAGCAUGAAUUAUUCUGAAUGCUUUGUGUGUGGAGGGGUUCCCUUGUUGCUCUUACUAUCUGAGAGUAAGUAACUGGGGAUAGUGGGACUCCUAAAAUAACAGUUUUUUGUUUUUUGGUUUUUUUUAAACCAAAGCUGGUGACUGACUUGCUACAGUUCUCUGAUCUUGAGGUAGCUGCAUGGACGGGAGAACACCAGCUCACAGUCAGGCGUUCAGGGUUGGGUUUCUGAGGCCCAGUGCCUUCAUCAGUGAAAUGGUCGUGGCACUUCCAGACCUGUCAACUUCCUGGGCUGGUGUAAAAAUCUGGGUCAUUGGAUGUAAAGGGGCUUAAUAAAGAAUAUAGAUAUUUUUCAAAAUGAAAAUGACUUUUUUCGUAUUACAGAAGUGAUAUAUGCUUUUUAAAAAACAGUAGAAAAAUUGUAGAAAACAUUUAAAAUGCAGAAAAGUAUAAAACAAGCUCCACCAGAGAUAUUUUGUUAAGUAUCUUUUUAGUGUCCAUAUUCACAAGUUUUUUCAACAAAACAAUUAGGGUAUCAUUGAUAAAUACUGUUGUUUAAAUUAUCUUUUAAAAAAAUCUUAAUAUAGUUUGGCCAGUUUUUCAUAUCCGUGAACAUAGCUCAACACAAUUAUGUACCAUUUUAUGAAUGUAUUAUAAUGUUAUAUUUUACAUGUAUUUUUUUAAGUCAUCAUGUUUUUCUACCUGUAAGGAUAAUACAUUUUGGCUGUGAAAAAUUGAAGUAUUACAGAAAGUGAAAAAUGCACAAUGUCCACCUACCAGAUACGUAAUUGUUUUUAAUAAUGUGGUGUAUAUUCUUCCAGGAAUUUUUCUUUUCUUCCAGGAAUUAAAAAAAAUCUAUCACAUAUAUAAUAAUUGUAAUUAACUUAAGACAUUUGUGUAUCAGGUCUUAUGAUGUGCUGUGGGUACAGAGGUGAAGGAGAGCCCUAGAAAGAUUUAUAGUUCAACCAGGGAAAGAUUUAAACCAGUGUUUCUCAAGCUUGAAAAUGUAUAUAAAUCACUGGUAUCUUGUUAAAAUUUAGAUUCCCAUUCUGUAGGUCCUGGGGUGGGGCCCUGGACUCUGCAUUUCUAACGAGGUCCCAGGUGAUGCUGAUGAUCCAAGGACCAGACUUUAAGUGAAGAGAUUUAAACUGUAAUAUAAUAAGCUGUAUUUGAGAUCAAAACAGAAUUCCAUGGGAGAAUAGGGGUGACAACCAACUGCUUGUGGGACUACUUCGUGGUGACUGUGACAUCUGAGUCGGGCCUUGAGGCUCAGAAAGGAGUGCAGGGUGCUCCGCGUACAGGGACAGUCUAAGCAAAGGCAGUGUUUGAGAAAGAAUGGAAGCUGAUACCUCCUGCAAGUGUGCGGGCGUCGUGCUUGUGGCUUGUAUGCCCUAGAACUGGAAGCAUUAUCAGUUGACUAUAGCAAGUCACUGGAGUUCACAGGGGGACGGAAGAGUGGCAGGAAACGGGUCUGUAAAGGUAAACUGGAAUGAAUUUGUGAAUGCCAUGAUCAAGGGUAUGUAUUUUGCAAAUGGGAGUUGCUUGUGUAUGUGUGUGUGUGUGUGUGUGUGUGUAUAAUAAAGAGCUUUUUAAACCUCCCUCAUUGAAGCAAGUAAUCAUGACUGAAUAGACACAAGUAUGUUUAAGGUGCUAAGUAAUAACUAUGUAUUAAGUAUAAUUGUUCCUUCUUAGCUUUUCUUCUGCUGUUAAAUUGCUAUCCUAAUUGUCCUCUUUAUUUAUUUAUUUUCCUUAUUUUUUUGGUUGCGUUGGGUCUUAGUUGCGGCACUCGGGGUCUUGGUUGAGGUGUACAGGAUCUUUUUGUUGUGGCUCGGGCUCUUCACUGCAGUGCACGGGCUUCUCUCUGUAGUUGUGCGUGGGUUCCAGAGCACGUGGGCUCUGUAGUUUGUGGCUCGCGGGCUCUCGUUGAGGCGCACAAGCUCAGUAGUUGCAGCACGCAGGCUUAGGUGCCCUGCAGCAUGUAGGUUCCCCGACCAGGGAUCAAACCUGUGUCCCCUGCAGUGGAAGGUGGAUUCUUUACCACUGGACUACCAGGGGAGUCCCUCUAAUUGUCCUUUUUAAAUUUACAAUUAAUUUGGUUUAUUUUUUUGAGUAAGUGAUACUUUCACAUUGUACAAAAUUCAAAGGGUGCAAGUGCAAGUGCAUAUUCAGUGAAAAGUUCCCCGUUACUCAGUCCCCCUUCCUGGAGGCAGCCAAUGUUAAAUGUUUCCAGUGUGUCCUUCCAAAAAUAUUCUUUGCCUAGAUGAGUGCAGGGGUGGGUACCCGCCAGGAUAGCCCCAUAGAUCCCAAUGAUCCAUGCCCUUGUAUACUCCCCUCCCCUUCAGUGUGGGCUGACCUUACAGAUUCGCUUCUAAUGAAUAGAAGACACUGGUAGUGGUGGUCAUUUCUGGAACUAGGUUAUGAAGAAAGACUGGCUUCCGUAGCGGGUGCUGUCACUUGCUCUCUUGGGGGAAGUCGUCUGUGAGGCAGCCCUGUGGAGAGCUCACGUGAGAGCCUGACGCCUGCCAGCAACCCCGAGUGAACUUAGGAGCAGACCCUCUCCCCGAGCUGAGCCUUCAGAUGAGACCACAGCCCCAGCUAACAGCUUGACUACAACCUCAUGAGGACCUAAGCCAAAGGCAACCCGGCUCAGCUGGGCCCGGAUUCCUGACCCAUGGAAAUAUAAUAAAUGUUUGUCUUAAGUCAUUAA